AUGCAGUACGAAGAGCUCACACUAAGCCAUCUGCAGAUGAACGAUGAGUUACUGAACGAAACGAAAUCCACCAACGAGCAGCCGCUGGACUGUUCCAGUGUUCCCCUACCAAGCACUGGGGAAUACUACGCUGGCCCUCUGGCGGUGAUCGUGCCGGUGGUCCUGCUGAGCACGCUGGCCACGAUGGCGGUGGGGGCGGUCUACGUCAGCACCAUGCGCUACGUGCAGCUCCACACGCCCCAGGUGCUCCGGGGCUACACGUCCUUCGUCAUCUCCAUCUACCCGGUGUCUGCGUCCGUGGCGUACGUGUCGGUGCUGGUGCCGCGCACCUUCCCCGUGGUGCAGCUGGUGAUGCAGGCCAUGUUCGUGGUGUGCUUCUACCAGCUGUUCUCGCUGCUGGUCUGCCACUUCGACAGCAAGCAGCAGGAGCUGUCCUCGCAGCUGGUGGCCACCACCCUGCGCCCGGCCACCGGACCCUGCUGCUGCUGCUCCUGCUGCGGCCGCUGCCUCAAGCCCGUGCCCCUCACCAGGGGCAGCGUUAAGCGCGUGCGUUUGCUGGUCCUGCAACUGCCGGUGGUGCAGUGGAUGAUCUACCUGGCGACAUUCAUCAUCCUCUUCGAACGAGCGGAAGUCCUGGAGGUGGUGAACACCUGGCUGCAGGUGCUGUUCCUCGUGUCCAUUCUGCUGGCCGCCUGGGGCACCAGCAUGUUGACUGGGAUGCUCAACAGUGUCUCCAAGGACUUCCACCCCAAGUCCAAGUUCGCGGCGCUGCAGACCCACGUCGGGCUGCACGCCCUCCUGUCCAUCAUCGGCGACACCGUCACAGACUACCUGCCCUGCACCGCGCCGCUGACGCCCUCUCUGUGGAGCAACUUGACGCUAUCGUCUCUGCUGCUGUUGGAGCUGGUGGCUCUGAGCCUAUGGGCCCGCAGGCUGUACUGCCGCGAGUCCACGCCGGUGGUGACGCUAGGGUACCAGCCACGGAGAGAUGCACAGGCUGAAGCGGAGGCUGGCGGCGGACCGGAAGUCGCCAGUGCUGUGGUCACCACACAGCCGAGGCAUCACAACGGGAUGCAGCGCGCCAGAGAUCGUCCAGUCAACUCAAUCACCAUCGUCUCGUGA